AUGAAGUGGCUGAGGGAAACAGUUGAGAUACCGGAACACGAUAGAUGGAAAAGAAGAGAGAGAGAGAGAUGCAGACUAGAACAGGAUAAGAAGGAGAAAUCAACUUCUUCCAGAUUUCUAGUUGGCAGCGACAGCGGCCGGUGCACUUGUCUCUUGUUUCACAGCAACUGGCUCAUCAGCGGUAUCUGUAACCUCUCCGGUAGCUCCCUCCUCUUUGGCGGCCUCUCCUUCUCCGGCAGCAGCGGCGGCGGCGUCGUCCUUUGGCUCGUCGACGGCAGCGGUGGAUUGACGGCUUCUCUGAAAGAAUUUAAUGCUUAUGAGUCCACUCUUCACAACACUGUUAGCCAAUUGAACAAUAGUGUCGACAUUGAAUCCUUCCUUGUCGAACUUUUCCUUGGCUCCGACUCCGAGUUGCCAGAGAGUCUGGAAGACAGCCGAGUAUCCAGCCUUUCCCUUCUCAAGAAGAUCAUCACUGGUGACUGGAGCAGUCUCAGUUCCAAGAGCCUGUUGAGCCCAGGAAUUUCCUCUCCACAAAUUUCACUAAUUGAUUUUGACACCUUCCGACCUAUUUGCAUAUCAUUAUCACUUCCGUUCGCUAUCAUCUUCUUCAUUAUCCCUUCAACAUACCUGAAGAGCGUUGGCCAACUUGACGAGAACAUCACCAUCCUUGAAGAAUCCGAGGAAUUGGUUGCGAGUGGUGGCUUGAUCCUUUCCUGGGAUGGUCUUGCGAUCUCCCUCCUCUGGGAUAGCGGUCUUUUGGACCCAGUCGAUGACUUGGAAGUUAGCCUGAAAUUAUGA